AUGUUCGUAAAACUGGCUGUAAUAUCUUGCGUGGUGGCGAUGUCAUCGGCCGUUUGGAACGGACCAUUGGCCGGUGGAGUGCCUGCUCAUCAAUAUCCAGCCGGAGUUAGUCCCCAAGCCUGCCCCAACUUCCCCAACUGCGCCAAUCCCGCCGUAGCCGCCCAACCAAACGCCCCUGCCCCAGCGUGGAACGGAGCCCCAGCUCAACAAUGGAACCAAGGUGGAUACAACCCAGCUCCAGUGCCACAAUACAAUAACGCCAAUGCCGGACUCAGCCCACUUGACAGAGGAGAAUACACCGGUGACGGAGACUGGCAUGGGGAAGGCCUCUCUGAAUCUGGCGCCUACGGCAAUCAAGGAGGCCAAUGGAACGGAAACAACGGAGGCCAAUGGAACAACGGCGGCUCAUGGAACCAAGGCGGAUGGAACGGGGGGCAAAACAACCCAGGCGCUUACAACCCACAAGCCCCACCAGCCGGUUUGGGCCAAAUCCCAGCCGGAGUGAACCCACAAUCUUGCCCCAACUAUCCAUUCUGUCAUUAAGUUCCGCAUAAUACAAAUCAAAAGCCAGCUGACAACAUGUUGUUUAAAGUAACAUUAAAUGAAUAAUGAAUAAUUAAAUAUAAAUUAUUAUUGGAAAUAGCUCAAACUAGCUGUGUUCAUCGCAACGUUGCGAAAGUUAUGUAAUG